AUGCUCAACACUAAUCUUUCCAGAUUGUAUAAACCUACGGAGAAUUUAACAAUCGACGAACAGCUUUAUCCUUUUCGCGGGCACACGAAAUUUACCCAGUAUAUACCCUCGAAGCAGGCCAAAUAUGGCAUAAAAAUUUGGUGGAUUUGUGACGCAGCAAAUUCGUAUCCUUUGAACGGCAUCAUUUACACCGGGAAAACAGGUGAUGUUUCUGAGAAAAAUCAAGGCGAAAGAGUGGUCAAAGAACUAGCAGUAGCGUACAAAGGAAGUAGCAGAAAUCUUUACAUGGACAACUUUUUUACAACUCUACCAGUUGUAAAAUUAAUGCUUUCAUGGAAGCUAACAGUUGUUGGUACUCUGAAAAAAACAAACCUUAUAUUCCCCAAGAUAUGGCUGCUAGCAAAGCACGAGAAGUGUACUCUACAUUGUUUGGUUUCCAUGAUAAGGUAA